ACAAAUCAAAAUGAUUUGCAUCAAAUAUUCUCUCUCCUCCCUCCUUUCUUCCUCCACAAUUUUUUUCCUCCCAUUUUCCAUUCCACUCAUGAGCACAAACUCAAUUCUGCACUGAAUUCUCCACAGAAUUUUUCCCGGAGGAUCCAAAUUAAUUUUCAUUUUCCUCCGGAAAUUCUCAUGGCGAGGACUCUAAUUUCCUCACCGUCUUUCCUGGGGAUUCCUUUUCCUUCCUCCUACCGCCACCGCCUCCCGCCGCAGAGCAGAUGUAUAAGUACUAAAUUGAAAUAUAGCCUCCACGAGCUUCCGCCUAUUCAUUCUUUUGAUAAUUCUAUUGAUUUUAACGCGAUUGUUACCCGAGCUGAGGGCCUUCUCUAUACACUGGCUGAUGCUGCCGUGGCUGUUGAUGGUGGCGCCGCAUCUGAGUCGGCCAACGCCUCUGCUCAGAAAAGUGGAGGGUGGUUUGGAUUCAUUUCUGACGCCAUGGAAGUUGUCCUGAAAGUACUAAAGGAUGGACUCUCUGCUGUGCACGUGCCCUAUGUUUAUGGAUUUGCUAUUAUAUUGCUCACUGUUAUUGUUAAGGUCGCCACACUCCCUUUGACAAAGCAACAGGUGGAAUCAACACUGGCAAUGCAAAACCUGCAACCGAAGAUUAAAGCAAUCCAACAAAGAUAUGCAGGAAAUCAAGAAAGAAUCCAACUUGAGACAUCCCGUUUAUAUAAACAGGCAGGGGUUAAUCCUCUGGCAGGAUGUUUUCCAACUUUGGCUACAAUACCAGUGUGGAUAGGUUUAUAUCAGGCUCUCUCAAAUGUUGCAAAUGAGGGGCUGCUGACUGAAGGUUUCUUUUGGAUUCCCUCUUUGGGAGGCCCUACAACCAUUGCUGCUCGGCAAAGUGGAUCUGGAAUUUCCUGGCUAUUCCCAUUUGGGGAUGGACAUCCACCACUUGGUUGGCAUGACACUGCAGCAUACCUCGUUUUACCUGUUCUCCUUGUGGUUUCUCAGUAUGUCUCAAUGGAAAUCAUGAAGCCUCCCCAAACAGACGAUCCAUCUCAGAAGAACACACUUCUCGUAUUGAAGUUUCUUCCCCUCAUGAUUGGUUACUUUUCUUUGUCUGUCCCAUCUGGAUUAUCAAUAUAUUGGUUCACGAAUAAUGUGCUCAGCACUGCACAGCAAGUAUGGUUACGCAAAAUGGGUGGUGCAAAGCUUGUUGUGAAUGAGAAUGCUAGUGGGAUCAUCGGUGAUGGACGUGCAAAACUAUCAGGUGCUCAGCCAGAACAAAUGGGUGAUAGGCAGUUGAAAGAAGAUGAGAACAAGAAAAAGAGUAGGGCGCUGCCUACAGACGAGGGUCAAACUUUACUUGCACCUGACUCCGAAGAAGAGUCAAAUGAAGAAACUAAGUCCAAGGAUGAGGAAAUUCUGGUAGAGGCAUAUGCUUCUAGCAGCACUAAGUCAGUUCCUUCUGGUCCAAGGAAAAAUAAGAGAUCAAAGCGGAAGCGCACUGUAUGAAAUUGUACAUUGGUUUUGUAGUUGCUAGAGAAGCUUGCAUAUUUCGUAAAAUCAUGAGGUAGUGGAUAUAUAGCUGCCCUUUGGACGUUGGUCAUCAGUUUAAGGGCAUGCUUUCUUUUUGAAACGGUCCCUCAUCUCUCAAGUGUACCUCAUUUAUAAAAAUUACACGUUUCACAAAUUUGCUAUUAGUAGCGUGGCAAGUGAAAUGUUACUUUUAAUUAUCAUGCUUGAAUAUGAAGUGUCCCUAGGGGUUUCUCGAUUUGAGGACAACUCCAUCUCUUGGGAAGCUAUCUAAGUAUAUAGGCUCGCCCUAUCUCUUGCUUGUAAGAAUGAGUUGGUGAAUUUUUUGAAGCAAGAUGAGAAUUUGAAUGUGUA